GGGGCGGCGGCGGGGUCCUCCUCCGGUGUCCUGUGUCUGUGCGCGCAUCCCGCGGGGCGGGGCGGGCCGGCCGGGUGUCCCUGCGCUCGGCAUUCCCCGGCGGAAGGCGGGAGCGCUUCCGGGGCGGGCGGCGCAGCGGCCGCGAACAUGGUGCGUCGGCAGAAGGCGAAGGCGGCGGCCGGGGGCAAGCGCAGGGCUCCCGCCGCGCUCCCCAGCCCGGCCUCCUCCUCGGAGGACGAGGCGGACGAGGCCCCGGAGGAGGUGCCCUUCGGCGUGGCGAGGGAGGCGGCCGAGGCCGAGCGGAAGCUCGCGGGGGAGGCGGCCCGGAGGCACCGGGAGCUGCUGAAGGAGAAGCGGCGGCGGCACCAGGAGCUGUUCGCAGAGCAGAAGAAGCGCAGGCUGCUGCCCGAGGCCGUGCUGCAGGAGCUGCAGGAGCUGCAGGAGCUGCAGGAGCUGCAGGAUGUGUCCGCACGACCCGCUGAGCAGGCUGCGGCAGAUGACCCAGUUACUCUAGGUGAAGAACUUGAAGCUGGGGCCGUACAGCUGGAACAAGGCCAAGCUGAAGCACAGGAGAAGAAAGGCAAGAGAAGAAAGGGUGCCAGGACAAAAGGGAACUACGUGGCUGUGUGCUUGAAAGACCACAGUGUAACAGGCCUGCACCAACAGGUCGCCAAAGACUUCCUAAAUGCGCAGCUCUAUGGGCCACACACCAACCGGGUACAGGCAAGUGAAUUUUUUUCCUUUGCAAACAAGAGAGACCCAGUCAAAAAAGCUGCAGUUCAGUUUGUGGACAAGUCUUGGGGGCAAGAUAAAAAGGAAAAAGCAGCAAGGUUUAAGAAACGUUGGCUGGCAACACAGGUUAAAAAUGGAGUCUGAAGACAGCUUUUUCAGAAGAUGCUGCUAAGGACUUUCAGUGACAGUUGAUCUCAACACAACACAGGUGUUUUCUGCCCCCUUCAUCAUCACUUUGCUUUCAGCUCCAGCCAGCAGAAGGCUCCAAGCUGUGCCAGAUCAGACUUCCCUGUUCUCUCCCCGUCAGAAGUUCUUGGGGAAGCUACAGAGCAGCCAGGCCAGUGUUGUGGAACACCAGGUGCUAGUGCCAGGCUUGCUGAGCUGCCUCCAUGAGGCAAAUGCCUUUGCAGAGAAUAAAGAUAAGCAAUGUUCUA